CCAGAAAAUGUUCCCAGAUCAAUCGACAGUUUACACCAGUUUACACUUUACUGCACUUUACAGAACAUUACAGAAUAUUUUGAGAAUAUUGCAAACCGCAAACAUCAUCAUUUGUUAAUUGAUUGAUAAAUUUUUUACAUCAAAUUACGGAUUAUCACAAAUCAUGGCACGAAGAUAUGAUACAAGAACGACAAUCUUCUCACCAGAAGGUCGUCUUUAUCAAGUCGAAUAUGCAAUGGAAGCAAUAAGUCAUGCUGGUACUUGUCUUGGUAUACUGGCAAAUGAUGGAAUAUUACUUGCUGCUGAAAGAAGAAACACCAAUAAAUUACUUGAUGAAGUAUUUUUUUCUGAAAAAAUAUAUAAAUUAAAUGAGGAUGUUGUUUGUUCAGUUGCUGGUAUAACAUCAGAUGCAAAUGUAUUGACAAAUGAAUUACGUUUAAUUGGACAAAGAUAUUUACUUCAGUAUGGUGAAACAAUACCAUGUGAACAACUUGUAUCAUGGUUAUGUGAUGUUAAACAAGCAUAUACACAAUUUGGUGGUAAACGUCCAUUUGGUGUAUCAAUAUUGUAUAUGGGAUGGGAUAAACAUUAUGGAUAUCAACUUUAUCAAUCAGAUCCAAGUGGUAAUUAUGGUGGUUGGAAAGCAACUUGUAUUGGUAAUAAUUCAGCAGCUGCAAUAUCAUCAUUAAAACAAGAAUAUAAAGAAGGUGAAACAACAUUAAAAGAUGCACAAGCUUUGGCUAUUAAAGUUUUAUCAAAAACACUUGAUAUGACUAAGCUUACAUCUGAAAAAGUUGAAAUGGCAACACUCACAAGAGAAAAUGGCAAGACAGUUACUAAAAUUUUACCAGCAGCUGAAGUUACUGCUCUUAUUGAAGAACAUGAUCGACUUGAAAGUCUUGCUGAACAAGCCAAGAAAGACAAACAGAAAAUUUAAAUUUAUUUAUUUAUUUUUUUUUGUUUACAUUAAAAGUGUAAAUAAAAAAAAAUUUAAUAAUAAUUCGUUUAUAUUUACUAUUUUCUUCACCAUGGUUUUUUUUUUUUUUUUAUAUAAACAAAAAUAAUAAUUGGUAUAUUCAAUAAAAAUAAUUUCAAAUCUAUAUAAACAUUA